UAAAAAAUGAAGAUACUGUCGAGUGUCGACCAAGCUUGCUCAUGAUAUCCUAACUCCUAAGCAAUUGCCAAAAAAUUCUCAAUUUCUGAUAACUGCCACAGUGACAUGACGCUUGCCCUGCGAUCCCUCCCACGACUUCCUGACAUUCGCCUCAAGUUCGGCCCUUCAUCCCCGGCAAUAUCAUCUGUAAAUAAGAAGCCGGGACUGUUCAGAAUACGAGCAAUCUUGACAGAGAAACAGAAUAGCAAACAAGAAGAUGAUUACCAUGCUACCCUCAAAGCUCUUAACUCCAAAGGGAGAUUUCCCCGGAAAUCCCUCGGCCAGCAUUAUAUGGUAAAUUCGGCUGUAAACGAUCAGCUUGUUGCGACUGCAGAGGUAAAAGAAGGAGACGUCGUACUUGAGAUUGGGCCUGGGACUGGCUCACUGACCCAUGCUCUUGUUAACUCCGGUGCGACUGUUCUUGCAGUUGAAAAGGAUCCGUACAUGGCUGCACUUGUGAGGGAGAGAUUUUCCAACCUAGGUUGUGUAAAGGUUUUGGAAGAGGAUUUCACAAAAUGUCAUAUACGCUCUCACAUAUCCUCGACUUUGGGAACUGCAACAGAUCCCUUAUAUAGUCAAUCACCAUAUGCAAAGGUGGUGUCUAAUAUACCAUUUAACAUUACUACAGAUGUGGUUAGGCAACUUCUUCCUAUGGGGGAUACCUUCUCAGAAAUUGUUCUUCUACUCCAGGAGGAAACAGCCUUGCGCAUGGUGAGUGCAUCCAUAAGCUCGUCCGAGUAUCGGCCUAUUAAUAUUUUCAUCAACUUUUAUUCAGAUCCUGAAUACAGAUUCAAGGUCCCAAAGACAGCCUUUUUCCCCCAACCUAAAGUUGAUGCGGCAGUUGUUUCCUUCAGGCUAAAGCAAGCUGUGAAUUAUCCUCCAGUGUCUUCUUGCAAGAGCUUCUUUUCAAUGGUGAACUCGGCUUUCAAUGGAAAACGUAAGAUGUUGCGAAAAUCACUUCAGCACAUUUGCUCCUCCCGUGAGAUAGAAGAAGCUCUUAGUGGUAUUGGUCUUCUGCCUACCUCAAGACCUGAAGAGCUUGCUUUAGCAGACUUUGUAAGGUUGCAUAACCUGAUAGUCAAAGAAUAGAAUGCACACUAUGGGAUUAUUGUUUGUAACAGUAAACACUGAAGUUAUUGAAAUCACAGUCAAUAAACCACAUCUAAAAAAGACUACGCAUAUAUGAAUCUCAACAUCUGGAUUCUGGAGCUAUUUUAGAAACAGUACAAGAGUUCCAAAGAUUGUUGAUCUCUUAACUGAUAAAUAAUUUCAAAAGUUUUUUACUUACUAGCAA